AUGUUACGUUCAAUUGUUGGCAGAAGCGCUCUAAGAUCAUUGAAUUUCGUUGCUAAGCGUGCUUAUGCUGAAGCUGCUGCUGCUGCUACAACAUCAGCCUUAAAAUUGCAAUUUGCACUACCACAUGAAACUUUAUAUAGUGGUUCAGAAGUAACCCAAGUAAAUUUGCCCGCUAAAUCAGGACGUAUUGGUGUAUUGGCCAACCAUGUUCCGACUGUGGAACAGUUGCUUCCUGGUGUCAUUGAAGUUAUGGAAGGCUCCAACACCAAGAAAUUCUUUAUAUCGGGAGGUUUCGCGACAGUUCAACCGGACUCACAAUUAUGUGUGACUGCAAUUGAAGCUUUUCCAUUGGAUUCCUUUUCACAAGAAAAUAUUAAAAGUUUAUUAGCAGAAGCCAAGAAAAACGCAAGUUCAUCCGAUGCUAGAGAAGCUGCAGAAGCUGCGAUUCAAGUGGAAGUUUUAGAAGGUUUGCAGGCUGUAUCGAAAUAA